UCUUCAACCAAAUCCUCGAAUACCCCUCCUGCGAACCCCCCACAAAUCCCGAAAGAGGACAAUGUUAAUCCAUCAUCGGGAAAUAACGCUCUGCCGAACGGGAUCGGUCAGUCAGCAUCGAUUGUCGCUCCAGAUAUACCUCAAGUAGCAGCACAUCAGGGAGCGGAUGAGCUGCGUGCGGCCAAGCGCCAGCGGAUUGAAGAAACAUCUUCGGGUUCUGCCAGAACCGGUUCCCCAGAUCCAUGCCUCGUCUGCAAUGCCCUCUACACUUGAUGCGCAGUCAGUCCAUCAAUGCGUGAUGAGGCUCCUGGAUUUGGCUACAACGCUCGCAAAAACACUGGAAGAUGGAGGAGAAUCUGGCCAGUUGCGUCAGGGAGGAUGGGAUGGCGCACACCAUCCCCCACCCCCGAUGUCAAUGAGACCUUCCAAUACCUCUUCUGCGAACUCCUCACGACUUUUGACCGAGAACGAUGUCAAUUCACCACCAGCAAAUAACCUCCGGCCGGACGAGCCAGCAUCGAUUAAUACACCGGUCUCAGAGCAAGUGGAUGAAAGGUCUGACACAACGGUGGGAGGGGACGGUCAACAUUUGAAAAAGCGCCGCCGGGUUGAUGAAGUCGGAUCAUCCCAAUUGAACCCACGCGCACACUCAAAUUUUUCAAUUCUGCACGCAAAUGAUUACUUCUCACCUGAGACCUCGAACCCACUCACGGAGGGCCAUGGUGAUUCGCCAUUUUCAAGCACGCAAGUGUCAGCCAAACAUCCAUCCUCUCAGGAAAAGAGCGGGAUCAAGCGCCGUCCGAAAGAGGAAAAAGAACCCAUAAGGGCCGUAAAUAAGUACUUGGAGACAGUUCUGGAAAACUGCGGUCCAGGGGACAGAACACAAGAUAAAGCGCAGCCGACAACAUCCAAGGAUGUGAACUUUGCUGCAUCCACUAACGAGAUCAUUGCGGUAAUGCGGAUACAGAUGAACAAAUGGUAUCCAUUACUGGGAUCCAACGAAGCAGAUGACGGGCCAAUAAAGAUCUUGCCUGCUAAUCAGCCUUUCCACGUGUAUUUAACGCAACAGUUACCGCUUAGACUAAGAAUGUGGCUGAACGGCAAAGGAAACGAGGUUGAGAAUCUGCCGGAUUACGAGAUACAGGGGUCUACUCUUUGUGAUUAUCUUGACCAUUGGCUGUCAGGAGGGCAUUUCAAUGUGAAGUGGGAAGGUUGUGCGCAGACGAACAUAUGCGUAACUAUAGAAAAGCAGAAGCAAGAAAUGACGAUUUUUUUUGGUUGGAAAAGAGGCAGGGAAGCAUUACGGCGGAUCUACGAAUCCCGUCCGAAACCUAAGGAUAAGCGGUAAAGGGGCUGGAAUUUUAUAUAGCACAAUCUACGCUUUUUUAACAAUCCAUUUUAUGUCUACUUUCCCGCACAUAUAUCCUUCCCCAAAAAACCAUCCUAUUUCACCCGCUCCGACGCCAUAGCGAGAGUCCUUGGGUAUUUCAACCCAACCGUCAACCUUACCUGCCUUAGCACAAGCUCCUUCUGUUCUAUCUGGUGCUGGGACAUCGUUCUCCUCAUCUUGGGCAUAGUCUGUAAUAAUUUCGUAAUCGCCGACCUCUACAUCCUAAA